AACUGUUGAUUAUAUAGAAAUAUAGAGCGGCAAGCUGAAGAAGAAAUUUUCACCUCAGCAUCUGCACCAUUUAUGGGAGAUACUAUUGGGGCUAUCGACUGCACUCAUGUGUCAAUCAUGAGUCCAAAAAAUCAUGAAGAAGCGUAUGUCAACCACCAUGGAUACCAUUCUAUCAAUGUGCAAAUGGUAAGAGUAAAAUUUGCUCAAGGGUUAAACUACUGAGAAUUGAUUUUAUUUUUUGGCUGUCAAUACUAAAUACUCAGGAGCGCGACACGAUUCAUUCAUUUGGAGCUCCUCUGCAGUCCGGAGAGUUAUGCAGCGAAGUUUUGAAAAUGGAAACUAUAAUAUGUUUUUGAUUGGUGGCUCAGGAUAUCCUUUGGAGCCGUGGUUGAUGACUCCUCUACCAAACCAACCAGAAGGGGGUCCUAAAUUCCGCUACAAUGAGGUAUUGUGCAAAGCUCGAAACCCAGUCGAGAGACUUUUUGGCGUUCUCAAAGGAACUUGGCGUUGGUUAUCUCAACAAAGGACUCUUUUGUAUGAUCCUGGAUAUACUGGAAAAGUAGUAAAUGCAUGCACAGUGUUGCAUAACUUGCGAUUGGAUGACCAAACAUACGAUCCCGAGACUGAGUUCCUAGAGCCAAGGACAAAGAGCAGUAAUGUAAAUCAAGACGCGCCGUCUUCAACAGCAAAACGCGUCCAAGACCGGCUAAUUGCAAAUUAUUUUACAUUAAUAAAACGUUGAUAAAUAAAAAUUCAGAAGGAAUACAAUA